AUGGUUACUGUGGAGAGUAUCCACGUGUUCCCUUGUAUGAGAGCCUUGGCCUUGAAGAUGCCUCCAACUUUGAAGCUCAACACUAUACUUACUAUGAUGAGGCAGCUGGAUGAGCUGAAGGACAUGAUUGAAAUGAUGAUUCUUGAUAGUUAUGGCUUGGGAGAGAAAUCAGAUUCGAUUGUACCGUGCAAGACGCUGCUACGGGCAUGGAGUAAUGGAAGAAUGCAUCCUGUGAAGCAUCGAGUGAUGAUGCGCGGAGAGAAAGAACGAAUUUCGUUAGGAAUAUUUCCAGUUCCAACAGAGGGUACCAUCAUCAAGCCACCAAAGGAGCUAAUAGAUGAAGAACAUCCCCAAAUUUUUAAAGAGUUUGACUUCAUGGAAUUUUUUAAGUUCUUUUCUUCAGAGGAAGGAGUGCCCAUUGACUCAGCAAAGCAAAUUUUUGCAUUUGCUGGAAUUUGCACUUGA